UGGAGAAAAGAGCGGCCUUUUUCAUUUUACCGAGUUCACAGUGAAAGAGCGCCAUCGUUUCCUCGAUUUGAGGCCUGACUCCAAUUCUGGUCCCUGGAUUCAUCUCGUUCUCCGUGCCAGCAGAGCUUGGUCACCCACCUUGGGUGAAUAAUCGGAAGUCGUAUUCUUUGAAAUUGAUGAUUGUUACUUUGUAGGCUGCGCUAAGUUGCUAGCCGCGGUAGGGAGAGAGUGGUUGCAUCUCUGGCCCUCUCGGAAAGGAGAGAAUGGCGAAGGGGAGAGGGAGGGAGGUGGUGACGAUUUGGGCUCUUUUGGUCGGCAUUUUGGUAGGGAAUCAGGCAGGUGUGUGUGGCACCACGAACCAGAAUGACGUUUCAUCUCUCAAUGUAAUAUAUGUCAGCUUGAAUUCAUCAUCUGUGUUAACAAACUGGGUUGCCAGUGGAGGGGAUCCCUGUGGGCAAUCAUGGAGGGGUAUUGAAUGUACAGGAUCAGCUGUUACGGCGAUAAAAUUGUCAAAUUUGGGACUUUCUGGGACAAUAGGCUAUAAUUUACAAACCAUGACUUCACUAACAAUAUUUGAUGUUAGCGAUAAUAAUAUUGGAAGUGGUAACCAAAUACCUUAUAACCUUCCUCCAAACCUCCUGACUCUGAAUCUUGGCGGUAACCAAUUCUCAGGCAGUGUGCCUUAUUCAAUCUCCAAGAUGGUGGCACUUAAAAAUCUAAAUCUUGCACAUAACCAACUGCAGGGGAAUCUGACUGAUAUGUUUGGUGGCCUUGGUAAUCUCACAACAAUGGACUUGUCCGUCAAUCAACUUACAGGUGAUCUUCCAGAGAGCUUUAGCAAUCUAUCAAGUUUGGCAACACUGAAUUUGGAGAACAACCAAUUUACUGGCAGCAUAGAUGUUCUUGCUAAUCUUCCCCUUCAGAAUUUGAAUGUGGCAAAUAAUCGUUUCACUGGAUGGAUUCCUGAUCAGCUAAAGAGAAUAAAUAGUCUUCAAACUGAUGGCAAUUCAUGGAGUUCAACGCCAGCAUCUCCACCACCACCUUAUCACCCUCCUCCACCAAGCCGACAAAGCAACCCUGACCAACAUUCUGGUGGGAGUAUCAAUUCCUCAGGCAGUGGAGGUGGAAACAAAUCCAGCAUUAGUGCUGGAGCUAUAGUAGGAAUUGUUGCAUCUGUGUUGGUCAUAGCUGGAAUACUAGCAUUCUUCUUGGUUACGUGGAAGUCACACAAACCUUCAAGGGAACAAUUUCCUAAAAAUGAUCAGUCAUUUGCCACUCUUCUUUCUGAUGAUGCCAAAGAGGUGAAGAAAAUCCAGACAUCCUCUUCAUCUGAGGCAAGGACAUUGCCUCCAGCUCCAUUAAGCCUUAAGCCUCCUCCGAUUGAUAGGCAUAAAUCAUUUGACAAAGAUGACUUUUCAGACAAGCCCAAUGCGAAGAAGGUCACCAGUUUAGCAAUCAAGACAGCUAUUUAUUCAGUUGCAGAUUUGCAGAUUGCCACAGACAGCUUCAGUAUUUAUAACCUUGUAGGUGAAGGCUCUUUUGGUCGUGUCUACAAGGCACAAUUUGGUGAUGGAAAGGUUCUGGCAGUAAAGAAAAUAAAUUCUUCAGCUUUGCUUAAUCAGUCAUCGGAUGACUUCAUUGAAUUGGUUUCCAAUAUCUCACACCUGCAUCACCCAAAUUUGAGUGAACUUGUAGGCUAUUGCUCUGAGCAUGGACAACAUUUACUGGUAUAUGAGUUCUAUAAGAAUGGCUCUCUUCAUGAUCUGCUUCACCUCUCAGAUGAGAACAGCAAGUCACUGAGCUGGAAUACUCGUGUCAAAGUAGCCCUUGGCACCGCACGAGGAUUAGAAUAUCUACACGAGGUCUGCUCACCAUCUCUAGUCCAUAAAAAUUUCAAGUCAUCCAAUAUCUUGUUAGAUAUGGAACUCAACCCACACCUUUCAGAUUGUGGAUUUGAAAGCCUUAUUCCUGAUGCCGAAUUUCAGGCAUCAGAAGAGAAUAUGGCAUCUGGCUAUAAUCCACCUGAAGUUGCCAUGUCAGGCCAGUACACUUUGAAGAGUGAUGUGUACAACUUUGGUGUUGUGAUGCUAGAGCUUUUAACGGGACGAAAACCUUUUGACAGCUCAAGAACACGAGCUGAUCAAUCACUAGUUCGAUGGGCUACUCCUCAGCUCCACGACAUCGAUGCACUGGAUAGUAUGGUUGAUCCUGGCCUCAAGGGGUUAUACCCUGCAAAAUCACUUUCUCGAUUUGCUGAUGUAAUUGCUGUGUGUGUUCAGCCUGAACCAGAAUUCAGACCACCCAUGUCCGAAGUGGUGCAAGCUUUAGUUCGCUUGGUUCAAAGGGCUAACUCAAGCAAGCGAAUGGACGAACAGGAAGAUUAUGUGUAAUUGCAUAGAUAAUUUAGCUGCAAUCCUGUUAAAUCUUCUUUGUGAUGUUUAUAAGUUCUUUCUGUGGCCUUAAUGUAUUUAUAUGUCUUAUUCUUAUCGACGCCUCAUUUUAAAGACACUUUGGAUGAAGAUUUUCCUGCUGUAAUGAAACACAAGUGUAAUUCUCAUUGUUCAAGGAAAACUCUUUGGUGAGGUAAA